AUGAGUACGUUUGCAAGAUCAACAGUGUCGAAGUACAAAUUCGGGGCACACAUGUCUGGUGCUGGAGGCAUCUCAAACAGUGUUACCAAUGCAUUCAAUGCCGGGUGCAACUCAUUUGCAAUGUUCUUGAAGUCCCCUAGAAAAUGGGUAUCUCCAGCAUUCACACAGGAAGAGAUCGCAAAGUUCAAAGAGAAUUGUGAGAAAUAUGGUUACAACCCAUUGACUGACAUACUACCACAUGGACAGUAUUUCAUAAACCUUGCAAAUCCUGAUCCCGAAAAAGCAGAGAAGAGUUAUGAAUCUUUCAUCGAUGAUCUUACAAGAUGUGAACAACUUGGUGUUGGUUUGUACAACUUUCAUCCUGGUUCCACUUUGAAAGGUGAUCACGAUGAGCAAUUAAAACAGUUAGCGUCAUAUAUCAAUAAGGCGUUAGGUGAGACGAAGUUUGUCAAGAUUGUGCUAGAGAAUAUGGCUGGUACCGGUAAUCUAGUUGGCAGUGAUCUUACUGAUCUGAGGAAAGUGAUCGAUAUGGUCACUGAUAAGUCACGAAUUGGUGUCUGUAUAGACACAUGCCAUACCUUUGCAGCAGGCUACGAUAUUCAGAGCAAAGACGCCUUCGACAAGUUCUGGAAAGAUUUUGACGACAUUAUUGGCUAUAAAUACUUAGCAUCUGUGCAUCUUAAUGACUCCAAAGCUCCACUGGGUGCUAACAGAGAUCUACAUGAAAAACUGGGUGAAGGAUACUUGGGUUUAGAUUUCUUUAGAAACCUGGCUCAUUACGAUCAUUUGAAAGGCAUACCAAUUGUUCUGGAGACCCCACAACCUGACGACGCGGGAUAUGCCAAGGAGGUUAAACUUCUUGAAUGGUUAGAGACCAUUGAAGAUGGUGAUACUGACAAGUUAAAAGAAAUGGAAGCUAAAAACGAAGAACUGCAAAAACUAGGUGAAAAGUCCAGGAAAGAACAAAUGUCAAAAUUUGAAAAGAAGAAGACUACGACUACUAAGAAAAGGAAAGCGACAGGCGCAGCAGAUAUCACAGCGCAGUUGAAAAAAGCCAAAAAAUAA